UGUGAUUGGGCGCCUCGCGGAUGAGUGGCAGGUGGAUGCAGCUCAGCGUGCUCACUUUUCCUCGCUAUUGGCUGUGUUAAAAUGACUGCUCCUCCCGCAGACCACACACCAUUAGCUUUUGGGGGGGAGGGCUUCGCGAAGGAGUCGGGAAGUUGUAGUUCUUCGCGGCGAACGCGCAUCUGUGCGGCUUAUUAUCGACUAUUAUGAAUUAGACUACACGUCCCGACGUCACGGUCCGGGCAUCUGUAAUUGCCGUGAAUAUGUAAUUAAACUCGUACGACUGGCUGCUUCUAAAUUUGGCGUCGUCGGGGCAGGCUGGUACAGUCGAUGCUGCGCGAGGAUGUGAGCUGGAACGGCGGAGCGACACGCGCGCAACAAACGGGACCGAGUGGAGAAGCUUACUCGAGUUGGAAGCAGAUAUGCCCAAAAGUUGAAGUGUUUUUUGGAUCGCUUUGCGACUUUUGCGCACAUAAUGAGACACCGGAAAUUGUGAGGACGAUUACUUUGGUCUUUUUAAAAUCAUCAUUGGUUGGGCUUUUUUUCUUCUAUUUUUUUAAAUAUUUUGCAGAGUCAACAAUCCUCCUAGGAUGUUCUCAGUCUUCACCGAACCAGCUCAAAGUCAUUAACCGUCAACAAACUAGCAUUUUACGCACGGAGGAGGGAGAUCGGAGCUGGCACAUUCCCUUUGGAUGAACUUUACAAAACAUCUUCAAUGAUUCGAGAUCUGAGCAAGAUGUACCCCCCGGCCCGGCAUCCGGUCCCCCACCAGCCGGGCCAGCCAUUCAAGUUUACUGUAACUGAGUCCUGCGACCGGAUCAAGGAGGAGUUCCAGUUCCUGCAAGCCCAGUAUCACAGCCUGAAAAUGGAAUGUGAGAAGCUGGCCAGUGAGAAAACUGAGAUGCAGAGACACUAUGUUAUGUACUAUGAAAUGUCAUAUGGGCUGAACAUUGAGAUGCACAAGCAGGCGGAGAUCGUCAAGCGGCUGAACGCAAUCUGCGCCCAAGUCAUUCCCUUCCUCUCCCAAGAGCAUCAGCAGCAGGUGGUGCAGGCAGUGGAGAGAGCCAAGCAGGUCACCAUGGCUGAACUGAACGCCAUCAUAGGACAGCAGCAGCUCCAGGCUCAGCACCUCUCUCAUGGUCAUGCCAUCCCGGUUCCACUUACUCCGCAUCCUGCAGGUCUCCAGCCCCCGUUGCCUCCAGGGGCCAGCACUGCCAGCCUACUGGCUCUGUCCUCUGCUCUGAGUCACCAGCUGCCUCUCAAAGACGAGAGGAAACACCACGAAAACAACAGCGAGCACACGAGAGACAGAGAUUCAGUUAAGAGCUCAUCAGUGUCUCCAUCAGCCAGUUUUCGGGCUGGAGAGAAGCACCGAAGUUCGAGCGAUUAUUCGUCUGACAGCAAGAAACAGAAGACUGAAGACAAGGAACUGACGUCCACACGCUAUGAAAGUGAUGGUGAGAAGAGCGAUGACAACUUGGUUGUGGAUGUCUCCAAUGAGGAUGCCGUCUCUCCUCGAGGAAGUCCCGCCCACUCUCCUCGGGAGAACGGAUUGGACAAAACUCGCUUGUCAAAAAAAGAUGUCCCCCUGAGUCCUUCUUCCAUCGCGUCCUCCAGCAGCACACCUUCAUCAAAGUCCAAAGAGAUUAAUUUGAACGAAAAAUCAACAACUCCUGUCUCCAAGUCCAGCACUCCCACAUCUCGCUCUGAAGGCCCCCCCAGCAGCAGCACCGCCACAGGCCUGAGGUCUGCACCCAGCAAACCCGUGGGAGUGGAGGCACUAGGUCCUGCACUUCGCACACCGCUAACAGUGCCCUGUGCUUACCCAAGUCCGUUUGGCAUGGUGCCUCAUCCGGGUAUGAACGGAGAGCUGACUGGAGCAGGAGCAGCCUACAGUGGCCUCCAUAACAUCUCCCCGCAAAUGAGCGCAGUGGCCGCUGCUGCUGUGGCAGCCUACGGACGCACACAAGUGGUGGGAUUUGAUCCUCACCAUCAAAUCCGUGUCCCUGGCCUUCCUCCUAACCUGUCGGGGAUUCCUGGCGGGAAGCCAGCAUACUCCUUUCACGUGAGCGCCGAUGGACAAAUGCAGCCUGUUCCUUUUCCUCCAGAUGCACUGAUCGGCCCAAACAUCCCUCGCCACGCUCGACAGAUCAAUACUUUGAGCCACGGGGAGGUGGUGUGUGCGGUUACCAUCAGUAACCCAACACGCCAUGUCUACACUGGUGGCAAGGGUUGCGUGAAGGUGUGGGACAUCAGUCACCCAGGAAACAAGACCCCCGUUUCCCAGCUGGACUGCCUUAACAGAGAUAACUACAUACGGUCCUGCCGCCUUCUUCCGGAUGGACGGACUCUCAUCGUUGGGGGAGAGGCGAGCACCUUGUCAAUCUGGGAUUUGGCUACCCCGACUCCUCGGAUCAAAGCAGAACUGACAUCGUCAGCACCGGCAUGUUAUGCUUUGGCCAUCAGCCCUGACUCCAAAGUCUGCUUUUCCUGCUGUUCUGAUGGAAACAUUGCCGUUUGGGAUCUCCACAACCAGACUCUGGUUAGGCAGUUCCAGGGCCACACUGAUGGAGCCAGCUGUAUAGACAUCUCCAACGACGGCACCAAGCUCUGGACCGGAGGUCUAGACAACACGGUCCGGUCCUGGGAUCUGAGGGAGGGUCGGCAGCUUCAGCAACAUGACUUCACCUCCCAGAUCUUCUCGCUGGGAUAUUGUCCGACGGGUGAGUGGUUGGCAGUGGGGAUGGAGAACAGUAACGUGGAGGUUCUGCACGUCACCAAACCUGACAAGUAUCAGCUCCACCUGCAUGAAAGCUGCGUGCUGUCACUCAGAUUUGCUCACUGUGGCAAGUGGUUUGUGAGCACAGGGAAGGACAAUCUGCUCAACGCUUGGAGAACCCCAUAUGGAGCCAGCAUAUUCCAGUCAAAGGAGUCAUCCUCAGUGCUGAGCUGCGACAUCUCUAUUGAUGAUAAGUACAUUGUGACGGGCUCAGGAGACAAAAAAGCAACAGUCUACGAGGUCAUCUAUUAAAGAGAGCUGAGGGGAACUACGAGGUCAUCCUUGCCUCGGUGCCAGACAUCGCCGUCAUCCGUGCACACUUUUUCUUUAGUGUAUAUAACAUUGGAGAGGAACAAACCAAACCACCUUCUUGGACUGUCAUCUUUUGACUUCUUGUCCGGCUGUUAAAGAACAAAUGGAACUAAGCACAGAGAUUUUUUUAUUUUUUCUGAAGUGGCUUUUACUAGUCGUGAGGAUGUGUGAGUGUCCAUCUGCACUGAGUCUGGAGAGCUCGAAAAACAUUCCCAACAUAACAUUUUACCACAAACGUGUGGUUCUUUUUUUUGUUCUUCCUUUUUGUACAUGUAAACUUUCAGCUGUGAUACAAGUAAUGACGCAUUUGCCUAUAUACUCUGUAUAUAUAUAUCUGGAGGUUUGGACAUGUAGGUAAACCAGGGGGCUAAACCUGUACAACUUCAAAACAUCAUACUUAAAAAAACUUGGCAAAAAAAAAAGAAACUAACAAGAAUUCAAAUGUUGAUUCCCUCUGUUUUAUACCAUCUUAAGCUCUAACAGUUACAGUUUUACAAGUUGUCCAUUAAGUUUCCUCUGAACUGUUUACAUUUUAGCAUAUAGUUUAUUUGUGUAAUUGGAUUUUAAAAGAUGUUUUGAGCAAUUUAAAGACCCACUCUGAUAAAACAUUGUGUUUUUAACAUAUUGU